ACCCAAAACCAAUGGUACAGAUAAGCAGAAAGGACAUCAGAAUUUACAAAAUGCUCCUACUACUGGAAGAAUGUUAUCAGGGGAGUCAAAUCUAAGGAAAAGGAGAGGGGGAACAAAAGAUCAUGUACAAAUCAAAGGGGUGUUUAGUGGAACGGACUACGGUAUCAACAAGAUAAGUGAGAAAUGCGUAGACUCCAAGUUACACAAAAUCACAGUCCCUCGUUUCAAUGACACACUUGAGGGAACACGAAUAAGACGUGAAGCCAUCGAGAAGCUCGCGCAAAAAAAAACAAAUCCUCGAGAUGGCCCGAGAUUGACGUGCUGA